UUUCUAUCAAUUAUAGUUUAAGUACAAUAAAUAAAACUUAGUUAGAGGAUGAACAGUUGAUCGGAAGAUAACUUCGAUUAGGUAUACAUAUAAAAGUUCACAUUCUGCUAAUUACGUAUCAAACACAAAGAUUGUGAAGAUAAACUAUAAUUAAGGCUGUUGCAUUGUUUUGAUCUAGUUGAAUGGAUAGCGAUGAUGACUAUACGAAGGAUGGGACCAUGGACAUCUAUAAAAGACCUGCUAACAAGAAGAAAACCGGAACCUGGAAGGCUUGCCCUUACAUUCUUGGGGAUGAAGCAUGUGAGCGUUUGGCGUACUAUGGUAUGAGUACAAAUUUGGUGAACUAUAUUCAAAAGAGGCUCAAUCUAGGUGUUGCUUCUUCUUCAAAAGCUGUAAACAAUUGGUCUGGAACCUGCUAUGUCACGCCAUUGAUUGGAGCAUUCUUGGCUGAUGCCUAUCUUGGCCGCUACUGGACAAUUGCUGGUUUCUCAUUCCUUUAUAUCAUUGGAAUGACACUCCUGACGUUAUCUGCUUCUGUAAAAGGGAUAAGGCCAUGUAAUAAUGGUACUUGCAACCCAACAUCGUCACAGAGGGCAGCAUUCUUUGUUUCGAUCUACUUGAUUGCCUUUGGAACUGGUGGUAUCAAACCUUGCGUCUCUUCCUUUGGGGCAGAUCAAUUUGAUGACAAUGAUGAAAACGAAAAGAAGAAGAAGAGUUCCUUCUUUAACUGGUUUUACCUCUCAAUCAAUGUCGGUGCUCUUAUCGCUUCAUCAGUUCUAGUGUAUAUACAAAGCAAUGUGGGCUGGGGCUUGGGUUUUGGUGUUCCAGCUGUGGCUAUGGCCAUUGCACUAGUGUUUUUCUUUUCAGGUACCCGUCUAUAUAGGCUCCAACCACCAGCAGGGAGUCCCCUGACUCGCAUAUUUCAGGUGUUUGUUGCGUUUAUUAGAAAAUGUCAUGUCAAAACUCCUCAUGACGAUACUCUUCUGUAUGAGACUGCUGAUACAGAAUCCAUCAUCGUAGCAAGCCGCAAGCUUGAGCACUCAGACGAGUUCAGGUUCUUUGACAAGGCUGCUGUGGAAGCUGAAUCUGAUAAAGUCGAUGGAUUAGUGAAUCCGUGGAGGCUCUGCACAGUGACUCAAGUUGAGGAGGUGAAGUCGAUCAUCCGUCUACUCCCAAUAUGGGCUACUGGUAUCGUGUUUUCCUGUGUCUACGGUCAGAUGAGCACCAUGUUUGUUAACCAAGGCAACGUAAUGGACAAUCACAUUGGACCUCACUUCAGGAUUCCAUCAGCAUGUCUAUCCAUAUUUGACACAGUGAGUGUUAUUUUCUGGGCGCCUGUAUAUGACCUUUUCAUCGUUCCCUUGGCACGAAAGUAUACAGGCAACGAACGAGGAUUCACUCAGCUGCAAAGAAUGGGCAUUGGUCUUGUUAUAUCAGUAUUUGCCAUGGCUUGUGCUGCAGUUCUGGAGACCAUUCGACUUGACAUGGUAAGAAAGAACAACUACUAUGACAGCGAAUACGUUCCUCUGAGCAUCUUCUGGCAAGUUCCUCAAUACUUUUUGAUUGGAUGCGCUGAGGUGUUCACAUUCAUUGGUCAACUGGAGUUCUUCUAUGACCAGGCACCUGAUGCUAUGAGAAGUUUGUGUUCAGCACUGUGUCUUACAACUACUGCAUUAGGUAACUACCUAAGUUCUCUACUCGUUACAAUCGUGAUGAACGUGACCACAAGGCACGGGAAGUUUGGAUGGAUUCCAGAUGAGUUGAACAGAGGCCACCUUGAUUACUUUUACUGGCUAUUGGCAUUUCUCAGCAUCAUCAACUUUUUCAUUUAUCUGUGGAUCUCCAAAUGGUACACUUACAAGAAGAUUGCUGGAAAAACCUAAACAUGGAGCGUUUAUUCUUCUGUAGAUAUGGAUUACAAUAGCUGCUGGUUCCGAUGCUUCUAAUCUAUCCAUGGAUUUUUAUUUUAUAAACAUCAGUUAUGCAUGAUCCUAAGUGAUGAACGCGUUGUUGAUUAAUCUUAGUCUUGUUUUUGAGACUUGUGUUUAUCAGUAUGAUGGCGUUUCUUUGCCAUGGUCAUCUCGAGGCUUUCUUCUAUAGCAUCUUUCAUAUUUGUUAAUGCUAAUAUUAUUGGUCAUCCCAGUUUGGAGUAAGUGGAAUGUGUUACAAACUUGGACUUGUUAUUUGUAUGAUCUUAGCUAGUUCAUUCACUUUAUUUGACGAUGUGGUGAAGAUGCUUAGAUGUGGUGCUAGUAAGUGACAAACAUAAAAGAAAAUGCCUUUAAUAUCCGUAACUUAGAUUAUGACUGUUCUGAUAAGUUGUGACUUUUUUCAAAGGGGUGUGAUUUUUUUCAAUAAGUUGUGACUUCUUGAAAAAGUCAUGAUUUUUCAGAUAA